AUGUUCACUAUAGGUAUUUUGACGGUCUUCUUCUUCGGGGCAUCUGUCGCAUGGGUUCUAUACCAAGACGGCCACUGGAGGCGGGACCCGAGGCGAUUCCAGACGCGAGAGCAGGAGAGGCGGGGCCGGGAGAGGCUGGAGCGCCAGAGGGGGGAGGAGGAGAGGCGAGGCCGGGAGAGAGAGGAGGAGAUUCGGGAAGAGGAGAGGCGAGAGCAGGAGAGGCGGGACCGGGAGAGGCGGGACCGGGAGAGGUGGCAGCGGAGGUUCGACGCGGGAUUGGGAGAAUUCAGAUGA